CCAAGGCCACGCCCCUUUUCCAACAUCCGGGACUUUCAGCGAGAAGCUGGAAAAAACACCUCAGACUCUCAGGAACGACCACUAUUUGUCGGCAUUUGCCGCCAUUUGCGGUCUUUUGUGAAAGAAAUUAAACUGAUACUCGCGGUGGUAUGCUGCUUUUAGGCGUCUUGUGACUUAACUCGAACCGCUUUCUUGGGAAGGUUUGAGGUGACGGACGGUGUCAGUUUGUGGCUGUCACGCAGGCGCGCGAGCGCUCGCUCAAACAGCCGCGCGCACGUGUCGCGCACUCGAUCUAGCUGGUUUGCGGGAACGCGCCCGGGUCCCGGUCAGUCAGUCAGAACCGACCCCGAGUCUCGAGCGGCAUAGUGACGAACAGAAACGACCACCUUUGGGAAACAAGACCGUAGACAUCUCAUUCAGUGUUUUCUACAUGCACUGUGAAGUUGCUGUUGACAUGGGGACGCCAGGAUCAGGACGAAAACGGGCCCCAAUUAAAGACCGUUUCUCAGCCGAGGAUGAGGCUCUGAGCAGCAUCGCCAGAGAGAUUUCCUGAUGCAGUCUCAUGACGGAGGCUCUGCUGGUCUAUAGAUAGAGCUGGAGACACUGGGCUCAGCUGAGCUGCUCUGGCAGAGGCAAGACUUGCUGCGAAGAGAGCAGCUCGUGCUGAGGCCCGGGACAUCCGGAUGAGAGAAUUGGAGCGGCAGCAAAAAGAGCUGUCUUACCAUCAGCACUCCUCCUCUAGCAGGAAAUGGGGGCAAAUCCACCAAUGGAUGGCUGAUACAGAAAAAGCCCGUCAUGGUCAUCAUUCCAGUAGCCACAGUCGACGGGGAUUAAAUGAUGACACGGCAUCAAUCCGGAGUGUCGGAAGUUACAGGUCAAGUUCGUCAUCUUUACGAGACUUGAGCAGUUCUCAUCGCUCCAGUCGGGUUAGUUCUUCCAGGAAAAGAGACUUGGUGUCCGGCAUCUCCGGUAGUUCCUCUUUGAAGAGCUCCCACUCCACUAGCUCUGUAUAUAAUGAUCUUCACAAAAAACCUGUUGGAAGUAGCUCCAAAAAGGACCUUCUGACUGGAUUGUAUCAUGACCAAAGAAACUACACCAGCUUAAAGAACUCCAAACCUUCUUCCUCUGCUGUCUCUACUUAUACACCACGGGCUUCGUCCAGCAGCAGUUCUACAGGUCUGACGCGAAGCUAUAGUGUGGCCUCCAUUUGUGAUGACGGUCUGUAUGGUUCAUAUAGUUCCCGAGCUCCCUCUGAAUGCAGCUGGUAUUCUUCUGGUGCCAGUUCCACCCGCAGCAGCCCCGUGUCAUCCUCUGAUGACGAUUCUGGCAGCACUGUGUCUCAAAGUCGACGUGGGAGAAGGGAUAGUGUGUUGUCUGAUUUCUCUGAUAUCUCUGAGACGGCUGCUGAUUAUUUCAGCCGCUCUAAUCGCAGGGGCAGCAUUGUCUCUGAUCUUGAUGAUCUGAGCAUCCCAGACCUGGACAGUCUCGAUGAGAAAUGUGACAAGCAGUUUACAGACACCUACAGCCGGCCCUCCUCUCGAUGUACCACUCCGGCGCUCUCCGCAGCUGCCCUGGCAUCUCUGGGAGGUAGCAGUUCUAGAAGGGGCAGCGGAGAUGCUGGAAGCAUCAUUAUGGAUGCAGAAGCUUCUAUCAGCGAGUUAAAGGACAUCUAUGAUCUAAAGGACCAGAUUCAGGAUGUAGAGGGCCGAUACAUGCAGGGUCUUAAAGAGUUGAAGGAUUCUCUGUCGGAAGUGGAGGAGAAGUACAAGAAAGCCAUGGUAUCCAACGCCCAGCUGGACAAUGAAAAGGCAAACCUCAUCUACCAAGUGGACACACUCAAAGACGUCAUCGAGGAGAUGGAAGAACAAAUGUCAGAGCUGCACAGGGAAACAGGGGAGAAAUCAAAGGAGUUAGAGCGGCAGAAGCACACGUGUUCAGUCCUACAGCACAAACUAGAGGAGAUGAAGGAGGGAAUUCGUCAGCGAGAUGAACUUAUCGAGGAGAACCAGAAAAUUCAGCAAAAGCUAGAUAACCUCACAAGAGAGGCAUUUGACCUGCAGGAAACUGUUAACUGGAAGGACAAAAAGAUUGCGGCGUUAGAGAGACAGAAAGAAUACUUUGAUUGCAUUAGGAAUGAGAGAGAUGAGCUCAGGGAUGAGCUGGCUGACCUCAAGGGGAAAAGCCAAAUGGGAGAGAAACACAGGCUGGUCAUCAUACCCGAGGAUAUGCCCAACGGAGACAUCAGCCACGAGUCUCCUACCUCAGGCAUCACUGUGGUCACACAAGAGGCAGCGCAGGUGCUGGAGUCAGCAGGAGAUGGACCUUUGGAUGUAAGACUACGAAAGCUUGCGGAUGAAAAGGAUGAACUUUUGUCCCAGAUCAGAAAACUAAAGAUGCAGCUGGAGGAAGAAAGACAAAAGCACUUAAAGAUCGACAGUGUUUACACAGAAGGAGAGCGAAUGGAGAACGGCAGUGACCUGCAUUUCAUCGAGAUGCAGAGGGACGCCAAUAGACAGAUAAGUGAAUACAAAUUCAAGCUUUCAAAAGCUGAACAGGAAAUGGCAACUAUGGAACAAAAUGUAAAUAGACUUGAAGGACAGGUGUCCAGAUAUAAAUCUGCAUCAGAUAAUGCAGAAAAGGUAGAAGAUGAACUGAAAGCAGAGAAAAGAAAACUUCAGAGGGAGCUGCGCACAGCCUUGGACAAGAUCGAAGAAAUGGAAAUGACCAACAACCAUCUUGUAAAGCGCCUGGAGAAGAUGAAAGCAAACAGAAACGCUCUUCUGUCCCAGCAGUGAAGAGAGACUCUCCAACACCUUACAGUAGGACACCAAAAACAAAACUGCAGGCCCUUUAACUUCUUUCCUUGCCUCUCGUGGUAAAAUACAGAUUUACACCCCACUAAGGCAGCACUGUGAGGGAGGAAGCCUCUAAACCUUUUCUGAACCUAAGAAUAUUGUACUUCUGUUGGUUUUGUUGUCUUUAAAAGCUUGGUACAUCACGGUAGCCGUUGAGGUUUCAUUGCUCGGACUGGGUGCUUUUUCCCCCUCCUCUUUUGUAAGUUGCACACAUAUAAAAGCGCUUUUUAAACUGUAAAUUGACAUGAAUGCAGGGCCCUUGACGUCCAUGUAAAUGCUUACACAGCAAUGUGCCUUCACAGGGAGGACGAGGGUUAUAUGCAUUGUAACACUAUACAGGAAAAGCAUAUAUUUCUACCGGUACAAAAAACAUCAAUGUGUUUAAUAAAGGGUACAGCCAUGAGUUGAACAUUUAUAGAGAAUUAAUCAUGUCUGCUAUGGUUUCAAUUAAGUAUUUUUGUUUUGUUUCAAAUAUUUAAAAUAUUUCUUGAAAAUAAAUGUGUAAAUGAAUGCAGUAUGAACGGGUGGGUGAUUCAUGAAUUGUGAUUGUUUGCAGGGCACAUCGAAUUUUGUUAGGGUUUUUUUUUUUUUUUGAAGUUCUUUGUCACAAUGGACUACACCAAUUUUUACACUAAAUGUAAUGAUUUUAACUCCCAGUAAGAGACCGAUGUUUCUACUGUGACAUUGUGUUCAGAUUCAAGUCCCAAAUGCCACUUGAUGCCUUUCACAAUGCUGUUGUAAUCCGGUUUGGUGCAACUUUUUAAUCACACUAGAAACCAAUUGUUUGACACUUCAUGCGCACAGUGAUUGUGACUAAAGCAGCUGCAAAGUAUACUGUAAAUAAACUACACAAUUUACAAAUUAA